GGCAGCUACGCUACGGGGCGACGACUCGACGAUGGCACACCAGCAACUGCCCGACUUCGACGACGAAAGAGACAACUGGAAGGCCUAUGUUAUCAAGGCAGAGGCAUACUUUGAGGCAACGGGCGUGACGGAAUCGGCAAAGAAACGGGCACUUUUGGUGGCAGCUUUAAGCACGCGCACCGUUCAAAUAUUAGCAGGAAGAGUAGCGCCGAAGAAGCCGAAUUCAUUGGAGUACGAAGACGUCGUGAAAGUCUUGGACGAGUUCUUUGAUCCCAAGCGCCAUGAGAUUACCGAAAGCUUCCGCUUCUUCAACCGCUGCCAGCUUGACGGUGAGUCUGUCCAAGAAUUCAUUACUGAUAUUCGUCGAAUUGCGGACAACUGCAAUUUUGGUACUAUGCUCGACCGAAUGCUACGAGAUAGAAUUGUGUGCGGCAUAAGAUCGAGCGCGCUGCAGAAACAACUCCUGACAAAGAAAGAUCUGUCCGUAGAGGACGCUGAAACGAUGGCACUGUCGGCUGAAGCUGCAGACAAGGAUGCCAAUAAAAUGGGCGCAGACGCGUCGGCGGUGCUUAAAAUUAAGGCGCAGUCAACCUCAACGAAAGAGGUACCGGUAGAAUGUGGGCGUUGUGGCAGCAUAAAGCACAACAGUAAUGCCUGCCGUUGGAGUAAUGCUCGUUGUUAUCACUGUGGUCGACGUGGUCACCUAGCAGUAAAAUGCCGGAACGAAGAAAGCGCAAGGCCUCGAACUCGAGAAGGAGCCCGGGGAUUUCGCGGCAGAGUACUGACUGUUAAGGAAGGGGAGACAGAUGAAGACAUAGAGGAUAGCAUGCACAUUUGGACGCUAAAAUCUACGCGGGAGGUAAAGGUGAAGCCCCCAAUUCGACGGACCUUCACAUGGGGAGGUGUGGACGUAUCAAUGCUUAUCGAUACGGGUUCCCCGGUCUGCGUCGUGUCUCGACAGCUAUUUGAGCAGCACAAAAACGCUUGGCCUUCGCUACGGCCUUCACGCACGAAGUUAUCAUGCUACCUCGGAAAGUUGCCAGUUUUUGGAGAGCUCCUGUUGCCGGUGUCGUACGACAGUACAACUGUAGAAUGCGCAUUGGUGGUGCUAGAUUGCCCCGGUCCAAGCUUAUGUGGUCGAGACCUAAUUUCCCUUCUGAGCGACGCAGGCUCCCCGGUCCUCAGCCUCUCAGCCAAGCCGCUGACCGCACAGCCGUCUACCACAACGCAGGUCACUGCUGACGUGUUCGCCGAGUUUCCAGAUGUUUUCAGCUCGGAUCUAGGCCUCAUCAAAGGCCCCCGGCACACCUACAGCUGAAGGAGGGAGCCACGCCCAAGUUCUGUAAGGCCCGAUCUAUUCCCUUCGCUCUCCGCGACAAGGUAUCUGAAGAGCUUGAUAGGCUCGUGGCAUUAGGCGUUUUGUCACCGGUACCGCAUUCCGAGUGGGCUACGCCCAUUGUACCUGUCCUUAAGAAGGACGGCACCGUUAGGAUUUGCGGCGACUUCAAAGUCACUUUAAAUUCGGCAUGUGAGCUGGAGCAGUACCCGUUGCCAGUAAUCAACGACAUGUUCGCAUCCUUAAGCGGUGGAAAACAUUUCAGCACACUGGACUUACGUGACGCAUAUAACCAAGCCCCUCUCGAUGAGCAAUCGCGCCAGUUAUGCGUGAUUACUACGCAUAAAGGUCUUUUCUGCUACAACAGAUUACCUUUCGGCAUUGCCUCUGCGCCAGCCAUUUUUCAACGUAGAAUGGAAACAGUUCUACAAGGCUUAUCAGGCGCGCAAGCUUAUCUGGACGAUGUCUUGGUGUCCGAAAGAGCAGGAAGUGACGACGUGCUAAAAGCCGUUCUGCAGCGUUUCCGCGAGAGUGGUGUUAAACUGCGGCUCGACAAAUGCAAAUUUCGGCAAGUGUCCGUUACAUAUCUUGGCCAUCGAAUCGAUCAGCAAGGAUUGCACCCAAUAGAAAAGAAUGUCGAAGCUAUCACAGAAGCCCCUAGCCCGAAAAAUGUAGCUGAGCUUCGUUCUUUUCUUGGCAUGAUCACUUUCUACUCAAAAUUUUUGCCGAACAUAUCAUCUCUGCUCGCUCCGCUGUAUCGGCUGCUGGAAAAGAACAGACAUUGGCUCUGGGAACAAGAGCAACAAACGGCGUUUGAUAAAGCAAAACGGUGCUUGCAGCAAGCAGGGGUGUUGGUUCAUUUCGACCCUUCACAACCGCUGAAACUAGAGUGCGACGCAUCGCAAAAAGGAAUCGGUGCAGUGCUUUUUCACACGAAAGGGAACGUCAACAAGCCGAUCGGGUUUCGUUCAAGGACAUUGUCGAAAGCAGAAAAAAUUAUUCGCAACUUGAACGUGAAGCAUUGGCCCUCGUAUUUGGAGUAAUGAAGUUUCGUGAUUACCUUCUAGGCCGAGAAUUCAUCCUGGUCACAGAU